UCCUCCCUUCUCAUGCUUUUAUAUUCCAGCUGCCUCUUCCUUCCUUCUGUUUCUCCCUUUCAUUUUCGCUCUCACCCUCCUGCACAGACACACACACGCACAGACACACAUGCACACACAGGCACUCUCACUGUCAAUCGCAUCUUUCUCUCUGUAACGCUCUUGGUUUUCAUCCUCACCUCCUUCCUCUCAUGCUGUCUCUCUGAGUUUAUCUCCGUCUGUCUCUCCCUGGGUCUCUCUCCCUCCAGCUCUCGUUUCCCCCUGACUCUUAUUCUCUUUUCUCACCCACACCUCCUCUCUCCUCAUCCUCACUCUGCACCUCUCUCUCUUUCUCGAGGACACCUCUCUCCCCUCUUUCUCCCUCUCUGCUCUUCUCUGUCUCCUCCCAGCUCUUCAGCCUGCUGGGUGGCCAACUGUCCACACCCCACUGUGCCCCUGGCUCUUCAAGAGCCCUCGGAGCCUGGUGCCUGGGUGACACAACUCUGAGGUUCCUGUGGCAUCUGUUGGGGGGGGCUGGGGUCACAGCAUUUCCUCCAGGGGGUGACUUGGCAGUGCUGUGCUCUUUCCUCACUUCUGCAAUUCCGGACAGCAGCACGGAGCCAGGGGCUGCGGACACAGAAACUCAGACCUCGCAGUGGCAGCUGCUGCCUCUAGACAGAUCCUAGCCAGAGGAAGACUCAGGUUUUGCAGGAUCCUAAAGCUUGUACCCUUUGGGGGCCCCUCUUUGAAGAAAAGACACCAAAUUAUAAAUAUACAUCUAGAAGCAAGGCCCAGGAGGGGAUCUCGAAGCUUUGUCAUCAUUGACUUGAUGGCACAGGAAGGAUCCUAUGACCAGCUGCCCCCUCCAGCCCAUAAGGAUGGAGCCAAAUGAUUCCUGGCGUGUGGACUCUGAGUUCCGAUACACACUCUUCCCGAUUUUUUACAGCAUCAUCUUUGUGCUGGGGGUCAUUGCCAACAGUUACGUGCUGUGGGUCUUUGCCCGCGUGUACCCCUCCAAGAAGUUGAAUGAGAUAAAGAUCUUUAUGUUGAACCUCACCAUGGCAGACCUGCUCUUCCUGGUCACUCUGCCCCUGUGGAUCAUCUACUACUACCAUGAGGGCAACUGGAUUCUUCCCAAAUUCCUGUGCAACCUGGCUGGCUGCUUCUUCUUCAUUAACACCUACUGCUCAGUGUCCUUCCUGGCUGUCAUCACUUACAACCGCUUCCAGGCCGUGACACGGCCCAUCAAGACCGCUCAGGCCACCACCCGCAAGCGUGGCAUCUCUUUGUCCCUGAUCAUCUGGGUGGCCAUGGUGGCCGCCGCCUCCUACUUCUUCGUCCUGGACUCCACCAACAUCGAGCUCAGCAAGACCGGCGCGGGGAACCUCACUCGCUGCUUUGAGCAUUACGAGAAGGGCAGCAUGCCCGUACUCAUCAUCCACAUCUUCCUCGUGUUCAGCUUCUUCCUCGUCUUCCUCGUCAUUCUCUUCUGCAACCUGGUCAUCAUCCGCACGCUGCUCACACAGUCUGUGCAGAUGCAGCGCAAUGCAGAGGUCAAGCGCCGGGCACUCUGGAUGGUCUGCACGGUCUUGGCUGUGUUCAUCAUCUGCUUCGUCCCCCACCACAUCGUGCAGCUGCCCUGGACCCUGGCCGAGCUGGGCUUCCAGAGCGGCAACUUCCAUCAGGCUAUUAACGACGCGCAUCAGAUCACUCUCUGCCUCCUCAGUACCAACUGUGUCUUAGACCCCAUCAUCUACUGUUUCCUCACCAAGAAGUUCCGCAAGCACCUUUCCGAGAAGUUCUACAGUCUGCGUGGCAGCCGGAAAUGCUCCCGGGUCACCACAGAGACGGGCACGGAAGUGGUCGUGCCACUCAGCCAGGUCCCUGUCAAUUCCCUCAAAAAGUAGCAGGCCCAGAGGCUUCUCCUUCAUGGACAUCACGGACUGAUCUGGGAGAAAAAAGGGCUGUCCGCUGUGGUCCUGGCACCUCCUCCCUGGGCACCGGUGGCCUUUUCGGUAUGGAGGCUGCCUCAUUGAUGUGGAGACAAAGGCAGAGCCGGACUGCUGGGACAUCCAGAGCUUGAAUGAGCCCCAUUCAGCCACCUUGGGCACUUGCCCUAAUAACCUUGGCGGGUAACCUCAUCCUGAGUGCCUGAGUCUGAUGGCACUGGGAGGAAUUUCAGGACCAGGAGCAUCCGUGGGUACAGACCCUGAGCCACCCAGUUGACCCCAACGGCGCAGCAGUCCCAGACUCAUCUGGGAGUCUAGCCUAACAUUUUGGGCAGCUACUCCUUUUAUCACUCUCAAGACAGAUCAGGGGUUAUGGAACGGGUGCUCCCCAGGCGGUGUGGCACUAUCUUUGGGACAGACUUUUGAGCUAGAAUGGUGCCACGCAAGGUCUUUGGGACACUUCUUAGGGGGACCUGCUCCUGACUCACCUUCCCUGCAUGGCAACCAGGGAAGAUAAACCACACGUAGGCGGAAAGUUAGGACGGGGAGGGAGCCUGUUUCCUGAGGCAGGUGUGUCUUUCUGCACAGGCCUGGGUCAGCUCUGGGGCAGUGGAAGAGAUAAAACCACCACAUCCGUUUUUUCAUCUCGACAAGGGACUCUGAUGAAAUAGCUCCUGUGGGGCAGCCACCCACUGUGGGUGAGCAUAGCUUCCUCAAAACCAAAUGGGCCAUCCAGACCUCCGCAGUGCACGUAGGCUUCCAAGGGGAAGGGCGCUUGGGCGGAGAAGUAUCUCGGGUGGGUGGGGCCUCCAGAGUGGAAGGAGCCGGUCAGCUCUUCUCCCUACCUUACUUUCUGCGGGGGGGGGGGGGUGUCCCUCUUGCCUUAGCUUCCAGGGGGUGAGGGGGCAGUUAUGAUCCCGAGGGCAGGCAGGCGCUCUGAAUUCUGGGCACAGACCAGACCAGGGGCUGAGAGGAGGCUUUCCUGGUUUCCAGAGCCCUGUGGUCCUUUUGAGAACGCUUCCCCCCUUCCAGCCAGUGUCCCCACAAAGCCAGGAUCCUUGUUUCCUGGAUACUGCACUGAUCAUCAUAACUGCCUCCCAGAGACCUGCUUGAGUCUGGGAUGGGAGCUGCCCGCGGGAUGGAGCAGACAGGGACUAGAGGGACCGAGCCGAGUACUUGAACUUUGGUAUCACAGAGACCAAGCUUCACGUCAGGGCUUUGCCACUUCCUGCCCAGGGACUGUGAGCUGAAUUUCCUACCUCAUAGAGUUGUUACGAGGAGCAGACACUUCUUGCUCAGGGUGAGUGCUCAUCCCACAUUUUCCCUUUUUUUGAGAAUUUGUUCCCCCUAAUCCUCUGAGGGCAGCUGAAGGGUGAGCUCCUGGCUCUAGUGGGGCCAGUCGUGUUCUCUCUCAGGAAUAAGUGGCAAGAUUCAGGGAUGCUUUCUUUCUUUUCUUUCUUCCUUCCCUCCUCCCUCCCUCUCUCUCCCUCUCUCUCCUUUUCUCUUUCUUUCUUUCUAUCUUUCUUUCUUUUUGUCUUUUGAGGGCCGCACCUGUGGCACAUGGAGGUACCCAGGCUAGGGAUCUAAUCUGAGCUAUAGCCAUCGGCCUACACCAUAGCCACAGCAACAUCAGAUCCGAGCCGUGUCUGCGACAUACACCACAGCUCACAGCGACUCCGCAUCCUUAACCCACUGAGCAAGGCCGGGAAUUGAACCUGCAACCCUAUGGUCCCUAGUCGGAUUCGUUUCCGCUGCACCACGACGGGAACUCCAAGGGAUGCUCUUUCAGGCUCCGUGGGCCACUUACCUGAAGAUAUAUAAACUCUUGAGCUGUGAGUGUGUGUGUGUGUGUGUGUUUGUGGCUGGUAGGGGAGGCACUUGCCUGAACUUUGUAGAGAAAACAGCUCUGCUCAGAAAGGAGAUGGAGGUAGAUGUGCAGAGAAAAGCGGAGUGGGGGUGGGCAGGGGGCACUGUAGGGCCUGGAGAGAGAAGGUGGUGGCACUUCCAGGGCCUGCUGGCUCCUUUCCUCCAGGCCCAGCCCUUCCCAAAACUCAUGCACUGCCUCCUUUGGAUUCUUGUGAGAUUCCCUUGUUAGGAUAUAUUCUCUUAUUUUGCUUAUGCUGAUUUGAGUAUCUAUUUCUUACAAGCAAAAGAUCUCUGAAGGAGAUAAAUGCUUAUAUAUUAAAGUGCGGUGAUUCUGGAAUUUCAGCUGUUUGUGUAUCCCCCUUGUAAUUUUUGCAAUGUUCCAUCUGUAUUUUGAUUCAAUAAAUAUUUAUCUCUAAUUCAA